UAUACGGCUCUAAAAUGUUAUGUACUUUUGUAGAUUAUAUUUCGAAAACGGAUUUCGAUAAACUCCAACUAUGGCUAAAGCUGAACUUGAAGAAAAGGCUUUCGAGAAGAUCCAGGAAUAUAUGAUCGAGCAGAAUAGACCAUACAGUUCCACUGACGUGUACACCAAUCUUAGACAGGAAUUUGGAAAACAAUUAGUGCUCAAAGUCCUGGAGGCAUCUGUGGUUUCUGGCGUUCUCAAAGAGAAAGUAAUAGGAAAACAGAAAAUAUUCUAUGUUAAUCAGGAUAAGUUCGAAAAAUAUGAUGAUUCUGCAAUUGCCGAUUAUGAUAGAAACAUUGACGAACUUACGACAAAGAAAGUUGAACUCUCUUCCCGUUACAGAGAACUCCAGAGCGAGUUAAAAGAGUUGUCUAGCGUGGAGACGACAGAACGAUUGCAGGAUAUCACUACUGAGCUCAAAGAGAAGGUCGCCGGAAUGAAAGCUCAGCUUGCCAAGUUGGAAUCUGAUGAUAAUCCCGUCAUCGCUGAAGAAGGAAGGAAAGCAGUUGAGAUGGAAGCCUCUAUUUCCAAAUCCUUGAGAAAGCGCAAAGCUAUCGCUACGAAUAUGCUCAAUGCAAUUUGUGAGUGUUCAACUAUGAAGAAGAGAGAACUUCUGGAAUCGAUUGGCGUUGACAGUGUAAAACGAUUGUUAAUACAGAAGGUGCCCACUGCUUGACCAUCGCAACAUUUUUCUUCAAACUCCACGCGUAUCAUGAGGGACAAACUUUGCUUUUAUCUAAGUCAAAAAAAAUUAACGAUCUUUAGUGAUGACGGUUGAAGGUCCUGCUUAGCCUUAUUUUUGUUAUACUGCAUGUUUUUCGUUUCGCUAAUAAGGGACUGUGAAGUCACAUUAUCCUGUUUCUUAAAACUGCUUUACUUUGUAGCAGACGUGCUGAGUAUUUCUUGUGAUCUGAUCUCUUCUAGAUAGACUAUAGACUGUGCAGUUACAUGUAUAAUUUGUUGUGUUUGAAUUACACUAUCGUAUUGUUUUCUUGUAAU